UGUCAUCGAAGAUUAAAUAAAAAAAAAGAUUCCCUCUCAUCUUCAGAACCAGUGUAUGAGUAUAGUGAAUAAAGAUUUUAUAAUUUUCUAGCGUUUCGCACAUUAUGAGCAAACUUCCAGUGUUAAUCGUAUAAGCAUCUGAAGCAAUUGUUACCAAGAAACGGUACAUAUUGGAUGUAUAAGACAAAGCUGGCGAAAAGUCAUUCCUGCAGUAGAAUAGCGCUAUAUCAGCGCGUAAAUAAAAACACUAGAAGGGGAGACUAAUCGAAUUUAUGAGUCACAAACGCUGAUAAUCAGUAUAUAACAAAGCGUUUGAACUAUGGCUACAGCAGCAAGAGAUUAUGUUGAUUUAGAAUGCUUUUUAGUGACGAAACAUUCAUGGAAAGGUAAAUACAAGAGAAUUCUUUCGAUCGGAUCCGGCGGCGUUUCAACCUACAACUUGGAUAAGUUUGAUCUUACUAAUCGGUGGCAUUAUAGUGAGGUGGUCAGUGCGUUGCCAAAUAAAACUACAAAUACCACAUCUGAAUUUGUGCUGAAUCUACGAAAAGAUAAAAAGAUCGACACCAUCAAGCUGUCUUCUGAAUAUCGAAAUGAAAUUCUCACGUCAUUGAUGAAAUACUAUAAAGAGUUCUCCGAAAAACCAAAGCAAAUUCUGGAUGAUGUAGAAUGUCCUACUGAGUCCUAUCAGAGUGCCACACCUCCCUUGCGGUUUUCUGCUGCUAAUGUUAGGCUAAAUAGUUGGAUUAGAAUUCUAGUGUCGUCACUGCUGCUGCAACCGGGUAUCAGCGAAUGUUUGCCGUGUUGUGAGCUCGAAUCAUAUAAAUUUGACGCAUUCAAGCACCACUGGUCGGGCACAACGUUACCAGCAGUGCUGGAAGUCACCCCUAGUUCAUUGGAUCAACUUGAUCCCACAACAAACACAGUGUUAGCCAGUUAUAACUACAAAGACAUCGAUAGCAUAAUAGGAAUUCAGGACUAUAGCGAUGGCAUUGUACUUGCCUACGGAGGUCACAACAGGUUGCAUCUGUUCCGGGUUUCCAACCAUCAUGAUGUAGUGCAGAUGAUUGUGAACAAUGCCCAACAAUAUCUGGGCAUUGAGAUAAAGGUGUUGAAGAAUCAAAUAUCGUUGGAUCAGUUCGAGCGAGAUAGGUUCGGAUCAUUCAGUGGUGAUCAGCAUCAAACUUCACUGUCGGAGUUCAUUGUUCAAAAAAUCACGCCUCGUCACUCGGAACCGAUGCGUCGAAUACUUUGUCUGACAGAUACGACCAUAUUGGAGCGGGAUCCACAGACUUAUAGUGUCUGCACACUAAGACCUUUAAUUGAAAUUUUUGCUCUAAUUCGUCACGAUGAGAACAUUCAAAAAUUUUCUAUUGAAUACAAAAAUGGUUUGACCAGAUCUUAUCUGACAAAUGAUCGGGAUUCCUUGCUUGCUACGUUACUUGAUUCGGUACGUUCGUGCGGUAAUCAAGAUGUCCAUGUGCGAAUUUCAAAAACUCCUAGAGGUAAACGUGUCGGACCUUUAACGGCUCCAGUCGAUGAAGAGACCGAAGCAAAUUUGCUUCGAUACAUUAUCAGUUGUUAUCAGUACCCAGUGAAGCGGUUCGAUAUUCUGGAAAGGUUUAAUGCUAACAUACCGUACAGUGGAUUAAACUACAGUGUUACUCAAGAGAGCUUAUUCUCCGAAAACAAAGAGCGCCUUAUAACUGGAGCUCUUCAGCAGUUGGUCGGAGGAGGUUCGAAGGAAGAUUUGAAUCAGUUAAAUAAUGUAGAACUUGAGGCAUCCUUUCACGUAUUGCGUCGCUUGUUAGCUAGCAAAGUCGGAUUUGCCGCCUUCACUAACUUACCAGGCUUUCGUGAAACUAUCGGUCUGCGCGUGGUACAUGCUCUCAAGCGUAACAAUUUAGCUGUGACUUAUGCUGCGAUCGACAUGAUAAACUCCCUUAUGCAUCCAAUGCAUGCGGAAUAUGAACUGAAGCAAGAACAGUUGAACAAAUCUUCUCUGCUACACUCCAAAAGCUUUCUAGAACAGCUGCUAGACAUGUGGUCUAAACAUGUUAAUUUGGGAUCCGGAGCGUUAGUGUUGUCAGCGAUGUUGGAUUUUUUAACCUUUGCUCUGUGUGUUCCGUACAGUGAAACGACGGAUGGAAAACAAUUUGAUAUGCUUUUAGAGAUGGUUGCUAGUCGGGGUCGUACGCUAUAUAAACUCUUUCAGCAUCCAUCGUUGGCAAUCGUCAAAGGAAGUGGGCUGGUCAUGAGAGCACUUAUCGAGGAAGGUGAUAUAUCUAUCUCCAAUCAGAUGCAAACCUUGGCUCUAGAUGAAGCAGCUCUCUGUCACCACUUGCUAGUUGCACUGUACACUCCAUCGCAUGAUUCAACCAUGGCUACACAUAGACAACUAUCACGGCAUUUGGUAGGACUGUGGAUCACGGAUAGUAAGGAUGCGAUGAGCUUACUAAGAAGGAUUUUCCCUGCUGGCUUAUUGUCGUUUUUAGAAAGUGAAGAUCCAGUGCCGAAAGAAGACAUCGAGGAGGACAAACUCAACUUUCGGGAUAAUCUAAAACUGGCUGUGCUACAUUCCAAUAAAAACAAACGUCUAAAUUAUCUGAUCGAAAAACACCUCGAAGGAAUCAAACAUUGGGGUUUAAAUCUGAUAGAUCGGCAGGAGAAAAUUCAGCAAUCUCAGAAAAACCGACCAAUCGUAUUGCGAAAUAGACGGCAACGUAAAAAAGUCGGCGAUGAAGUGAUCAAUCUACCGCUCUUUUUCUAUCAGUUCAACAAGAAUCACGCUAUGCCAAAUCUGAUCUGGAAUCUCAAGACUCGUGAGGAACUGAGGGCGGCUCUGGAGAACGAAAUCCGACAAUUUAAUGCCGAUAAAGAUCUGGCUGGAAGUAUGCUGGUAGCAUGGAACUACGAGGAGUUUGAGGUUCAUUAUCAGUGCCUGGCAGAUGAAAUAAAAAUUGGAGAUUAUUACAUUCGGCUGUUGUUGGAGAGGGAUGAUUGGCCUCAAAAUUUGGUGAAAAAUCCUAUCGAAUUGUUCAAUGCCCUUUACCGGAGAGUUUUAUGCCGAAACAGGUUGAACGACGAUCAGCUGACGGUCACUUCGUUGCAGGCUUUAGCAAAAGUCUACAAACGGUAUUACGAAGAGAUCGGUUAUUUUAGUGAUAUAACGUACAUAUUACAAAUGCUAGAUCGAUGCCUUUCGCCAGCCCUUCGCGAUGCUCUGAUUGGGUUAAUCAAGAAUCUAGUGCUUCACAAAUCAAACUGCCGUCCACUGGUUGAUCAUGUUAACUGUCUGGUUGAUUUGGUAACACUGGCCCACUUACACACUGGCCGAGCAAUGCCAAAUACGAAAACGAAUGUAAUCGAGGCUGGUCCUAAUAUGAAACUACAUGAAGAGAAGGACUGGUAUUACAAUGUGGAAAGAGAGAACGAAAAGCCUGAACGAUGCGGCCCAGUGACAUUCUCUGAGCUCAAAGAGCUGUGGAGCAAAGGUUUGCUAACACCCAGAACUCGCUGCUGGGCAGUUGGUAUGGAUGGAUGGCGUUCUUUGCAGCAAAUUCCACAAUUAAAAUGGUGUUUAAUGGCUAAGGGUUCGCCACUGUACAACGAAACAGAAUUAGCUCAGCAUGUGCUGGAUAUACUCAUCAAGUGUACUAGCUUCUUUCCCAGUCGGGCGCGAGAUGGUGAGGCGGUUCUCAUUCCGGGCCCACGACUUUCCCGAAAGCUAUCUGAGUUCAUCUGUUUGCCUCAUAUCGUACAAGUUUGUUUGACGCAUGAUCCGGGUUUGCUUGAACGCGUUGCAUCACUUCUUUGUCAAAUUAUGGAAGACAAUCCGGAAAUGUCCAAAGUUUACCUCACCGGAGUAUUUUAUUUUAUGUUGAUGUACACUGGUAGUAACAUCCUUCCGAUCGCAAGAUUUCUGAAAAUGACUCAUAUGAAACAAGCGUUUCGUAGUGAAGAAACCAGUUCGCAGUCAGGUAUUAUGCAUCGUAGCAUUCUGGGUCAACUUCUUCCCGAAGCUAUGGUAUGUUUUCUGGAGAACCAUAGUGCCGAAAAGUUUGCCGAAACUUUCCUCGGAGAGUUUGAUACUCCAGAGGUUAUUUGGAGCUCAGAGAUGCGUCGCAUGUUAAUUGAAAAAAUUUCUGCGCACCUCGCCGACUUCACACCCAAGUUGAAAGGGCACUCGAUGGCACGAUAUCCGUACCUAGCCAUCCCGGCGAUAAGCUAUCCUCAACUCGAGAAUGAGCUAUUCUGUCAUAUUUUCUACUUGCGACAUCUUUGUGAUACGAGAAAAUUCCCGAACUGGCCAAUACCAGAUCCCGUACAACUGUUGAAACACACACUAGAUGCCUGGCGGAAGGAAGUGGAGAAGAAACCAUCACAAAUGACUGCAACGAAGGCGUAUGAAGAUCUCGGUAUUGAUCUGAAGAAGAUCCCUCAACCAGAUGAAUCGAUCAUCCGGAAAAGCUACUACCGAUUAGCUCAAAUGUAUCAUCCUGAUAAAAACCCGAAAGGAAGGGAAAUUUUCGAACGGGUCAAUCGUGCAUAUGAGUUCCUGUGCUCGCGCCGAAGCAUCAAUGAUGGUCCCAACCCAGGGAACAUAGUUCUCAUCCUUCAGACGCAAAGCAUCCUCUUUGAGCGAUACUCUGACGUACUUCAGCCGUACAAAUACGCCGGAUAUCCACAGCUUAUUAAAACGAUUCGGCUGGAAACAAAAGACGAGCAAUUGUUUUCGAAAACGGUACCAUUGUUAAGUGCCGCAUCAGAACUGUGCUAUCACACCGUGCAUUGUUCAGCCCUGAACGCAGAAGAGCUUCGUCGAGAGGAAGGUAUCGAAGCACUCCUAGAGGCUUACUCGCGAUGCGUCUCUAUUAUGGGUGCCGAUUCACAGAAAGACUCCUUGCAUUAUCAAGUUAUAUCGAAUAUUACCUGUUGCUUCGAAGUUGCCUGUCGCUUCGAGAAUUGUCGGAAGAAAAUUCUCGAGCUACCUCAGUUAAUAGUCGAUGUGUGUAGGGUUGUUUACUUUAAACACUCUCUUUCGGUAUGCUUGGUAACCAGUUUAGCUGCCAACAACUACGAUCUGCAGUGUAACCUCGUGCGAAAUGGUGUGAUAUGGUCUUUAAUGAUUUUCAUGUUCGAUUACGAUUAUACUCUGGACGAAAGUGGAGUAAAAACAGAUGAAAAGUCAAACAAUCAGCAACUGUGUAAUAAUUUAGCGAAACUAUCAUUACUGGCUUGUGUAGCGUUGGCCGGGUAUCAUAUGACACUAUUGGAUGAUUCUAAGCACAGUGCAGUAAAAACUGUUCCGAAAUCCAAUCCUACCUCCCGUAGUGAUUCUCCACACCAACCGACGGCCGUCCGAAGCCAAUCUCUCACACAAACGCAACCGUACACACAAAAUGCAUCAAACUUAAUACAGAAUAAUUCGAGCUUGAUUCAGUCGGUUGCUAUUAUUGAUCGCUCAUUACAGGAGAAAACCGAGUCUCAGAUUGUAGGAAACGUAACAGAGUCAGAUGAACCGGUUGAGUGCGAGAAGGGCAUUAACAACAGAAAAUAUAAAAUAUCUAGCGCAACACCAACAAACGUAAUAGUAAAAAAUAUGUUGGAUAGACUGCUGACGGUGUAUGUGGCCAAUAAAAUGGUAACCGAUCACGAAACUGAAGUAUUGAAACUGAUAAAUUCAAAUACUCGCAACCCGUAUCUCAUUUGGGACAACGGUACACGAGCGCAACUUUUGGACUUUCUUGAGUUUCAGCGAUCCAACGCAACGAAGGAGCAGUUUGAAAAUAUAGCCGAUGUUCACGAACUCGUGAAAAUUUUUUCGUUUGAUGCUCAUAAAGACGAGUUGAAAAUUGGAGGAAUUUUCAUUCGAAUCUACAAUGAAAUGCCAACAUUCCCCAUCGUCAAUCCAAUAACAUUUGUGAUCGAUCUGCUCGAGUUUCUUAAGCAAGCUUACAAUUAUCUGACAACCAAGAAUAUUCGACCGAUCCCACCACCAACAAUAACAAACGUCAACAGUCAAGGCAUUCUAAUUCCAACGAAAACAUGGAAACCUCUGGUCCCUACCAAGGCCAACUCAACGAACAAUAAUGUGAACUAUAAUAACCACAACAACAACAACAACAACAAUAACCCCAACCACCGUAGCACUGCCGGUCAGCAUACAAAACAGCAGGAUAUCAGCGCCGUGCUAAGUGAGUACAGCCGGGCAAAACAACGAAGUCAAUUAGCAAAGUCAGAUUCGUCGAACGCUGAGGACUCGACAAAGAUUUAUGAUUUUGCAUCAAACCCCAACGCGAUUAAUCACAUUGUAAUGGCUUUGAAAGCGCUCAUCUCUGUCAUUAAAUCGAACAGCAACGUUGAAAUCCAAUGUAUUGGUCAUUUUGAAAUGUUGUUCGGGUUUCUUUCUUCAAACUUGUGUGACAGGGAUAAAAUACUGAAAUCAUUGGCGCUAGAAGUGGUGUGCUUAGUCUCACGCAACAAAGAAUGCGUGACGGAAAUAUCUGCCUGUGAGAUAUUUGGCCUAUAUUUGGUAGCAUUGAGAGAUAAGGAUCUAAGAGAUAUGCAACAGAAAGUGUUGGAUACACUUUCAGGGCUGUUGAACGUACCGAAAAUGAUCAAAGAGGGACAUUCGAAAGGAACGGUAAUCUAUUUAUUGGAUUUGUUUUGUAAUUCCAACAAUCCUCAGAUUCGGGAAUGCUGUGCCGAACUAUUAGCGAAAAUGAACGCGGAUAAAUUGAGUGGACCGAAGAUUCGUAUCACGGUAUGCAAGUAUUUACCGUCAGUAUUUCUGGACGCUAUGGUCGAUUCACCGUCUGUGGCAGUUCAAAUGUUCGAAUCAACUCACGAGCAUCCGGAACUGAUCUGGAACGAUCGGAUACGAAGUAGUGUUUCAGAUGCAGUGCACGACAUGGCGGACAGUUUCUAUGUUCAGCAGAAACAUAAUCCGAAAACGCUUUGGCGUGACCCCGAAGUUUUACCCGAUAUCAUUUCCAACGAAUUGGUUGUAUCCGGUGUGUACCUGCGGCUGUACAUAUCAAAUCCAGGGUGGACGUUGCGCAAACCAAAACAGUUCCUUUCAGAUUUGUUGGAUUUCAUAGUAGAUAAUAUUAGCAGGAAUGGUGUCGAUAAAAAUAUUCUUGAUAUUUCGACAACUGCGCUAGUGCUGCUUUUGAAUGCCCAACCAAAUCUUUCAGAUUCGGUACCGGUGUUAGGGCAUAUACCGAAAUUCUUUCGACAGCUGUCUGUUCAACCAAAAAGCGCACUUACAGUAUUGCAUCAGUUAUCCCUUUCAGAGAUCUGUGUUAGUGCCAUUUCUCAAACUGACUGUAUACCAGCACUAAAGUCGUGUAUGGAAGGUCAUCGAGAGCUUUUAGCUACAGCAUCGGAAACAUUGAGUCGACUUUUUAAAUGUCAACAUGAUUCGUUGAUUCGCCAAUCAUUGGAGUGUCAGCUAAUACCAUUUCUUCUGGGUCUUCUUGAAAGUCGAAUUGAUUCUACAACAAGUCCAGCGAUGGUGAAAGCACAAAUCGUUGCAGCUUUAAAAGCUAUGACAUCGAACUUAACCUAUGGAGACCGGGUAGCCCAUAUCUUGAAUCAAAAUCCAGUGUGGGCAGAGUACCGAGAUCAAAAGCAUGAUCUAUUCAUUACCGAUACCAAUGUGAGAGGCUAUCUCACAGGGGCUCCAACUACCACUGCUGGAUAUUUGACACAGGGGCCAGUCAAGAAUGUUGAAGUACUGACUUCACCGCCCCCGAUGGAUCGCGACGACCCACUGUUUGUGCGUAGCAGUAGCAACGAUUCGUAGCAGGAAGACAGAACAAAUGAUUAUAGUAAAGUAUGCACCAUUCGGAGAAAACUGUUAAACAUUACUUCGUAAUUAACAAACUUCAGAAAAUAGCUUCUAAAGAUGUAAACUGUACACUAUAUUAAAAACUAAGAUAAUGAAUUUUUAUUAUAAUGUGAUAUUUUUAAAAUGUAAUUUAUAUGGUGAAGUCCAAUAACUACAAGAGAGAUAAACAUCAUUACAAAUUAGAA